AUGUUCUCCUCUCUGCUGCGACCCAAGCAGAGCAAUCGUAGUCGUCGCAUCGAUCGGCUCCACGAAAGACACUCACCCUCCCCUGGCCCGGCUUAUCGCCAAUAUGGUGGCGAACCACGACACGCAGCUGCAGACUUUACCGAGGCCGACGAUGACGAAGAAGAGGAGGACGAGGACGAAGACGGCCUAGGACACUCUGGGGAGGAUCCUGACGUUCUGGACGACGAGGACCAAACCCAUCGCUCCAUGCCAGUUCUUCCGCUCUUCUCAGAGGCAUAUCUCGCUAACCGUGACUUCUUAGACUCUCUACCCAUAUACAGUAUUACCCACGCGAUUCGUGUUAUCGUCCAAGCCCGAACCGAAACGACGUUAACAUGGGAUCAAAUACGCUCCCCGCAAGUCUCCCAGUUUCUGGUAAAGCCAAUGCAGCAGCAGAUCAGGACUCAGCAGUUUUCUCGUGCCACUUUAUACUGUCUUAUGGCCAACUGUUUACAGUUUAACAAGGAGGGUCAACUCUACCCGGGCAAUGCUGGAAUAAGCUAUACCAGGGCCUUGGUAUGUGAGCUGCUCGCUCUAAAGCUUCUGAAGGAAUACAACACUCGAGAACUGAUCGACGCCCUCUCGUACGAUUUCUAUCCUCUCCAAGGUCUUCCUGGUGUUCCAUCGGCGAACACCCCGAAGACCGACCCUAAAAUUAAAGCUCGCCUCACGGCAGCCCGGACCUCCACCCUCGAAGUCGCCAUUCGUGCUUCAGCCAAGCACUUUUUGGCUCAUCCUCUGGUUGUGCAACAGUUGGAGGCCAUCUGGAACGGCGCCAUUAGCUUUUAUUCCUCGCAAGACAGCCUACAUCGCGAGCCACCAGCUUCGCCGCCGCAAGGAGGAAAGCCCGAUGCGCGUACGCCCCUCCUGGGUGGGCAGGGUCAGAAGGAGGGACAGCCCAAUCAAUUAGGGCCGGGGCGACGGAGCGUUAUUCUCUAUGAUCCUCGUAGGGCAUCUCUGUUCAAGCUAUCUCGUUUACGAGUUCCUCGCUACAGAUUCUUCCUCUCGACGCUGUCACUUCUGGUCCUGAUUGGUUUGUUCCUUGCAGUGCUCUCUCAACGUUCUGCCCGGAUCAGCUCCUUGGAGUUAAUCUUUUGGUUUUGGAGUGCCGGGUUCAUGCUGGAUGAACUCGUUGGGUUCAAUGAACAGGGCUUCUCGCUUUACAUUAUGAGCUUUUGGAACGUCUUCGAUCUGGGAAUCUUGGUUUUAUUGAUCGUCUACUACUUCAUGCGCGUUUACGGGGUUUUCCUCGUGGAUCCAAAGCACUGGAAUGAUUCGGCAUACGAUGUUCUUGCAGCGAAUGCCAUUCUGUUGCUGCCCCGUAUAUUCAGCGUGUUGGACCACUAUCAAUACUUUUCACAGCUGCUCAUCGCAUUUCGCCUGAUGGCAGUUGACCUAGCCGCGGUGGCGAUUCUCAUCCUUAUCGCAUGCAGUGGCUUCUUUGUGUUCUUCACUCUUGCCGAUAGUAACAACAAUGCGGCAGAUAUCGCCUUCAAGAUUUUCCAGAUCUUGAUGGGCUUUACCCCAGCCGCUUGGGAUGUAUGGCCAGUAUAUAAUUGGCUUGAGAGAGGCCUCAUGAUGUUCUUCUUGAUUCUCUGUCACUUCGUCGUUGUCACGAUUCUCAUCACAGUUUUGACCAACUCGUUUAUGAAAAUUGCUUCGAACGCCAAGGAGGAGCAUCAGUUUCUCUUUGCCAUCAACACGAUAUCCAUGGUCAAGAAUGAUGCGUUGUUCUCGUACGUCGCACCAGGGAACAUAUUUGCAUGGCUGCUUAUGCCGUUGCGGUACUGCAUGCCUCUCAGACAUUUCGUCCGGUUGAAUAGGACAAUCAUUAAGGUCACACACUUCCCUCUACUUUUCUCCAUUUAUAUAUACGAAAGGUACUGGCUUGCGCCGUCAAUGUUCGAGCCUACAGACCUUGUGGAAAACCACCAUCACGGACGCGAUAGGACCAUCUCGUUCGCUGACCCAGCAGCUCGGUCCGCUCUCUUCAGUCCCAAUAUUCGUGUUCGCGAAGAGUCUGUCACUGGGUUCCAGAAAGAUCAUGCUCUUGAGGAAGUGUUUCGGCGUGGCCCUGGCAUCAACACUCUGAGGCACCAGAGGCGCCAUGAGCGGAGGAAAACCCAGCAUGCAAUCAGAAGCUGGAUGGACCGCAAUGAUGAAGCAAGCGCUUCCCCUCAGGUCCCUCAGUGGUCGACGAUGGAUGGUGGCCAAAGUAUCAGGCCAGACUGGCACAGGCGACUAAGUCUGUCUAGAGAACUUCGGACGCAAAGGUCUCGCCAAAUAUCAGAUAUCAGAUCGGCUGCAAGCGACCCUGCAGAUCUGAUUUCGCAACCUGCCAUCGGCUCUUUCUUCCGGGGUAUAGCUGCAGCAACCAGGGCCAAGGAGGAAGAAAGUCAGCAUACGGAUGCAGAUGGCGAUGAUGAACUCGUGACGAAUGAUGAGGAAGAAGAGGAGGAAAUUGCGACUAAUGCGGGCGAAAGUCGCCGGGGCCCGGUAAUCCACCAAACCCAGAUUGACGAUUACUUCACCACGACGCCUCCAUCAAAGCGGUUCGCCCCUGCCCCUCCAGCAUCGUCGUCCCUAGGUUCGAGCGAACGACCAUCCAUGGCGGCCACUCCCCGUUCUGUACGCCGCAUACCGCACACACGAACAAUGUCGACCAACACGAUUCUUUACGCUCCUCAGGAGUUGCGACGGCCGCCUAGUUCGUCAUCCCAUUCGCCUGAUCCGCCGCCAACACGCUCUCGCGUGCAAAGCAGUCGGCCCGUGGUGGUAGAACCAGCCACGACUGGCGGACCUCGCUCACCGCGCCGGCAGACAUACGUGACCAACUCACGGCCCAGGCCCAUAAUGCCACCUCGGGACGCAGUGCAGACGGCACCAAACCGCGCAGCCCUGGUGGGCAUUGACCAGCGGCUACGCCCGAACCCGAUGAGACGUCUGUCCUCUGUUGACAUGAGUAUUCUUUCAGACAACAUAGCACCUGACGACCCUACGGGAGGCAUGCCCUCGAGCUUCCAAACCCAAAUGGCCAUGGCUUUGAUGAAGGAUGCACGAAUAAACGGAGUAGGGCGUGGUCAGGAUGCAGGCGACAGUAACCGGAUGAGUAAGCUUGUACUGGCACGAAUGAAGACUUUGGAGGAGAGUUUUGCAGACGUUGCCAGGGAAUUGCGCGAACUCAAGACGAACCCUAACUCAACCGCUCCCACCACUCGCCGCAAUUCGUCGGGUGAGGAGUUGCAGAGAUUUUCCGGGCUGACAAGCUCAGAGGCGUCAAGAAAGGACGCCGGCGGCCCCGAGAGGCCAAGGAUGGUGAGGAGGACGACUGGCAAGCGUCCUGCCAGUCGUAAGAGCAUGCUGGAGUCCAAGGUGGGCUUGGUCAACGUGAAAGGCAAAGGCAAGGAAAUCGCCCCCUUAUCGGGCGACGAGUCUGAGAGUGAGAGCUUGGCGCCGACAAAGCGAAGUUCAAUGUAA